AUGCCUCAAGAAGAACUCGUUCCCCUAAAUUUCCAACUAGCCCAGAGGAACAAUAGUUCCAAUGGCGAUAUAAUUCUGCAGACCAAGCAAAAUGGCCUUUCCUUUGAGUUCACUUUUCAGGCACUGAGACCUGGUCUUUUCCGCACGACAUUCACUUCGUCAAAACACCCUCUGCCGCCACAUCGAGCAGCUCCUGUACCAUCUGGAAAGCUCGAACAGGGCGAGUUCCAAUCAUCUUCACCAUCGCCGACUUGCAAGUCAUUUGAUUUGAAUGGAACUAUCGCGUCAGUAGACUGGGCUGAAGGCCCUCCCAUAGUCUCCUUAACUCUCCCGGGCCACAAAACCCCAAUCCAUGCGGAUUUGCCAAAUCGCUCUUACGUCGCAGACCACCAUGGAGUGUCGCAUUACACUCGCUACAACAAGGGUACAUUGCACGUAGGCCUUGGUGAAAAGGCUGCCCCAUUGAACCUGUCAAAUCGACAUUUCGUCCUUUCCGCAACAGACAGCUUCGGCUACGAUGUCCACCGAACAGACCCACUGUACAAGCACAUUCCUCUGCUCAUCAACGCAACACCAGAAGGCGUCGUUGCAACUUUCUCCACUUCCCAUGCGCGAGGAUUCUACUCCAUUGGCUCGGAAAUGGACGGCCUAUGGGGUCGGUUCAAAGUCUAUCGCCAAGAAUUCGGCGGCCUCGAAGAAUAUCUCAUCACCGGCCGCACGAUCCAAGACGUCGUUCGCACCUACGCCGACAUCGUGGGGUAUCCUCUUCUUGUACCCCGCUGGGCCUUCGGGUAUCUUGCCGGGGGUAUGAAGUACUCCAUGCUUGACGAACCGCGAGCCUGCGAUGCACUGAUGGGAUUCGCGCAAAAGCUCAAAGAGCACGACAUCCCCUGUUCAGGCUUCCAGAUGUCGUCUGGAUACACAGUUGCUGAAACGGAGCCGAAGACUCGGAAUGUUUUCACGUGGAAUCGACAUAGAUUCCCGGAUCCGAAAGGCUUCAUGGAUGCGUAUCAUAAAGAGGGCAUUCGGCUGAUUGCCAAUGUCAAACCCUAUGUUCUGGGUAAUCAUCCUGAGUACGAGAAACUGAAGAAGUUAGGUGCGUUCUUCACAAACCCGGCGACUGGCGGAACCGGUGAGGCACGUCUGUGGAGUGCUGGUGGAGGCGAGAGCGGUGUCGGUGGACACAUCGAUUUCACAUCCGAGGCUGGGUAUAAAUGGUGGUACGAGGGCGUUCGGGAGCUGAAGAAGGUCGGCAUAGAUUGCAUAUGGAACGAUAACAACGAGUAUACGCUUCCCAAUGAUUCCUGGCAGUGUGCGCUGAAUGAGAAGAAUGUCAACAAAGGUGACGGAGAGGUCUUCACCAAUGCUGUUGGCUUCUGGGGUCGGGCGCUGAACACCGAGCUGAUGGGAAAGAGCUCCUAUGAUGCGGCUCUUGAUGUUGUGCCAAACGAGAGGCCAUUUAUAUUGACGAGAAGCGCGACGGCAGGUACGCUCCGAUAUUGUGCCAGCUCGUGGAGUGGUGACAAUGUUACCAGCUGGGACGGUAUGAGGGGAGCUAACGCACUGUCAUUGAAUGCUGGUCUGUGUCUGAUGCAGUGCUAUGGGCAUGAUAUUGGAGGUUUUGAAGGCGAGCAACCAUCUCCAGAGCUACUCGUCCGCUGGUGUCAACAAGGGAUCUACUCUUCUCGAUUCGCCAUCAAUUGCUUCAAGACCUCUCCCGAGAACAACAGCGUCGGAGACGUCAUUGAACCUUGGAUGUACGAGGAAACCACGCCUCUUGUACGCGACAUCAUUAAGCGUCGCUAUGAGCUGAUUCCCUAUCUCUACUCUCUCGCCCUGCUCAGCCAUCAGACCGCAACACCGCCUCAACGCUGGACUGGGUCUGGGUACGAGUCAGACCCAGAGGUCUGGACAAAUAGAGUGCUCACCGAUGGAGAGACUCAGUACUGGCUUGGAGAUUCCCUCCUCGUUGGUGGAGUUUUCGAGCCCGGCCAGUCAACAGCGAAAGUCUACCUCCCACGGGACGCAUCAAACCCGGACCUCCAGUUCCUUGACCUCAACGACACCCAAAAAUACUACUCCGCCGGCCAAUGGAUCGAGGUCUCUGCAAAAUGGACCGAUAGCAUUCCUGUCCUCGCUAAGGUCGGUGGCGCCGUGCCUGUCGGACUGAACGUGCAGGUCUUGUCCGUUGGUGAAACUGCGAAUCCCGCGAACCUUCCUACCGAUGACUACCGUGCCGUAGAAAUAUUCCCUCCGCCAAACAGCAAUUCGAUUGGAAGAGAGUAUAUCAAUGUUUGGUACGAGGAUGAUGGCAUUUCGCCGCCACCUGCAAGUAUCUCGGUGUUCACUGUUAGAUACUCGGCUACGGAGAAGGAAGUUAGAGUCAGUCUCGAAGAACAGCUACAGCCAGGGUUCGAGCCUGCUUGGAAGGACCUAGGUGUCAUUCUUCCGGCCGGUGACGAUAGGACCGUGAUCUUUGCGGAGCAUGAAGCAAAACUACUUAAGACUGAUGACAAGGGCAGGAAGCAUUUUACUGCAAGCAUAGGUCGAGCUCCGAGAGGUACAGUACAGGAAAGGUCUAGAAUAUAG